GCUGCGUAUAAUCCAAUUUGUUAUCAUUAUUAUUAAUUAUUAAUAUUAUUAUUCUUGAAGGUUUAUAACUUUAUAAAGAUGCUUCUCUUUAUUCCUCAUUUUUUAAAACUAAACUGCAAUUUCAGGUGAAACAUGUGUGCGCUCCUCUCUCUUGAUUAUACGUCAAUCAAAUUCAAUUAUUGUAAGAUUUAAGCAAACAUGUAUAAAGCAAGAUUCGGUGAGCAUGGCCAUGAAUCCAUGGAGGAGCAACCCUACGUUGAAACUGAUCCCAGCGGUCGUUAUGGUCGAUUGGAGGAGGUGUUGGGGAAGGGCGCGAUGAAGACGGUGUACAAGGCGAUUGAUGAGAUGCUCGGGAUGGAGGUAGCCUGGAACCAAAUCAGGCUCGUCGACUUGCUUCAAUCCUCAGAGGACUUGGAGCGUCUCUACUCCGAGGUUCACCUUCUCAGCACCCUCAAUCACGUCUCAAUCAUCCGAUUCUACACUUCUUGGAUUGAUGUCAAGAACAGAACUUUCAAUUUUAUCACCGAAAUGUUCACAUCCGGGACCCUGAGAGAGUAUAGGGCGAAGUACAAACGAGUGAACAUUCGGGCUAUAAAGAUAUGGUCUCGGCAAAUACUUGAAGGCCUUGUAUAUUUGCACAAUCACGAUCCUCCAGUGAUACAUAGAGACCUCAAGUGUGACAACAUAUUCGUUAAUGGUCACCUCGGAGAAGUGAAGAUCGGUGAUCUUGGAUUGGCAGCAGUUCUCCGAGGUAGAGCCCACAGUGUUAUAGGUACGCCUGAGUUCAUGGCACCCGAGUUGUAUGAAGAGAACUACAAUGAGCUCGUCGAUGUGUACUCGUAUGGAAUGUGCAUCUUGGAGAUGAUUACUUCUGAGUAUCCAUAUAGUGAAUGCACCAAUCCUGCUCAGAUAUACAAGAAAGUGAUAUCAGGUAAGAAGCCAAGGGCAUUCUACAAAGUUCAAGACUUGGAUGCACAGAGAUUCAUUGGGAAAUGUUUGGAGACUGCAUCGAAGAGGCUGUCGGCGAAGGAGCUGAUGCUCGACCCGUUCCUUGCUGUUGAUCAAGCUGAUGAUUGCUCUGACUCAAGCAUCAGGUGCCAAAAGCCUUUCUUGAACGACAAGAUCGCACUUGAGCACCUGGAUCUGAACGAUGAUGAUGCUCCGAGAACUAACAUGACGAUCACUGGAAAGUUAAACCCUGAGGAUGGCGACAUCAUUCUCAAAGUGCAGAUUGCUGAUAAAGAAGGUGCUGUAAGGAAUGUUUUCUUUCCCUUUGAUAUCGUGAGUGAUACCCCAAUUGAUGUGGCAAAUGAGAUGGUGAAGGAGCUUGAGAUUAUGGACUGGCAGCCAUCAGAGAUAGCCAACAUGAUUGACGGGGAGAUUUCAGGUCUUAUUCCGGAUUGGAAGGCUGAGAAUCCUCAUUCAGCUCAUCUUCAUGUACUGAACUAUCAAGAAGAUGAUUAUGAUCACCAAAACCUAUUCUCGCCAUCCUCGUCUUCCCAAGUGUCUGCCUUGGGCUCUUUUGCGUCUCACAGGACAGCUGAGGCAAAGCCUAACUGGAUACAAGGUGACUUUUUUGAUGAGACCAGUUCCCAGAGCUCCACACAUUCUGAGAAGUAUUCUAACUGGGCUUACUACUCUGCAGAUGAACACGAACACGAACAUGUAGUAAGCCCAAAUUCAAGGUUCUAUCCCGGAAAAAAAUCAGCCAUGGGGGUAAAAUACUCCGUGGAAACCCCUAGGCUUACUAGGAAUAGGUCUUUAGUAGAUACUCGAAGCCAGCUGCUGCACCGGUCACUAGUGGACGAGGUUAACAGAAGGCGAUUGUUCAAGACUGUUGAUGCAGUAGAGAAUAUAGGGUUCCGAUCUCCUUAUGAAGGUUCGAGUAAAACUCCAAAAACACUCAAUGGCGCUUAUCAGCUUAGGCUCACGGAUCAUGGUAAAAGACAAGAACAGAGAGCACGGAGAGGCUAAUUGUGUCGCUCUAGAAUCUAUAGAUGCGUACACGAAAUACCACGACAUCCUGUAAGUAUAGGCAAAUGUAUAUGGUGAAUCAAUGUAUAGGUUUAUGCCAAAUUUGAUUGUUGUCAUUGUUGAGUUGUGUUAUAUUCAGCUUAGCAGCGUUUUUCGUGUC